AUGAAGCCUGUCGUCUCCGUCCUGAACGCGUGGUCCUGCGUGGUCAUCUCCCUCUUCGCCAUCGUCAUCCUCUCCGUCCUGGGAUCGCUAUACCAGCGAGAACACCCGAGCUUUACUGGCUCCGAAGGCGAACCGGAAGAUGGCGCCGCAGUCGCAGCUUCGAUCUUCACCGCCGUGCUUGUCUACGUCGCUUUCUUCGUCUUCUGUGCUUUCCAGGCCUAUCUGCACAUGAGAAGCCGUAGGGGAGGCGCGAUAUCUUUGAACUGA